AUGCCAGACGUGGCAGUGCUGCUGGAGGCGCUGUCUACACUUCGCCUGGACGUGGAAGGGGACGAUGGCAACUCGGAGCUUUUGUCGCGCGUUUCCGAGGCCGCUGAAGCGCUAGCUGCCUAUGUCGCGGACGACAGCGCCGAGGCGGCGUUGUUCUCGGACUUUGAGAACCUCCACGAGUCGCUCCGCCAGAAGCGCGACGCGGAAUUGCGCGACGCAAAUGCGUCAGUAGACAAAACGAAGCAAGAGCUAUCGGAGGCGGAGGCAACUCACACCCGUCUCACAGAGGAGUUACGCAGUCUGAAGGCGAAAACCGAAGCCGCCAUUGGUGAGUGUGUCCGACCGUUCGGCGUGAUUGGCGCAGGCACCGAUGGCAAUGCUCUCGCGGCCAUUCACGAGGCGCAGCAAAUGAAGGACGAGCUGCAGCAGCUGCGGACGGUUGAGGAGCGGCUGGCGCUGGACAUUCGUGGCCUGGAGCACAAGCUGCAGACGCUCGACGAGGUGGAAAAGCAGCACCUGGCAAUACGCGAUGACAUCGUGAAGAGGGAUAAGCUGUUGUACGAAUUCGUGACAUCGUCGCUGAACAUCACGGUGGUGGACAGGAACGAGUCACAGGUGCAGCUGGCGCUGCUGUCGGAGUCCGAAGAUCGCACUACGCAAACCUGGGACUGCAUGUACGCCAAUUUGGACGAGUGCGGCCCUGAAACGGCGGACCGCCUGUGGGAGGCCAUCGAGAAGACGUUCGAUCCGGAUUCCGUGAAAUCUUCGGGCGACACCGUCUUCGACAUGCUCGACAUCGGUGGCUAUGAUGAUUUUCACACCUAUCUGGUCUGGCGCGCAGUGAUCUCCGGCAGCCCAAGACGCAACAUGACGGCCCUGUAA